AUGAAGUCUCCAGGCGGCAUGUUCAUGGAUUAUGUCGAUCCCGCUGUUUUCGGCAGCCAGUUUUUUGGUAUCGGCCAGGCGGACUGUGCUCUGGAAAACGGUGGUAUAUCACUCGAGAUAAUUAGUGGUACCAGAACUGAUGUCGCUAUUGGAAACAGGUUCUCGGAUUAUACAGCUACCCGGAAACGCGAUCCCGAGGAUAGAGCAGGUUCGAUCACCAUUGGUCUCCCACCGUCGAUCCUUAGUAACCGGUUAGGUCUUUUUUUUUCCAAAGUCAGUGGCCCGAGUAUAUCUAUCAAUACGGCAUGCUUUGGAAGUUUGGUUUCACUAGACGUAGCUUGUCGCUUUUCAGAUACCCAUCAAGCUGACAGUGUGAUUGUGGGAGGAACUAAUCUAUGGCUGGCACCAGAUCAAAACAAGGAAAUCGGCACUACGAACAAGACACAGUCCGCCUCCGGCCAGUACAGGAGUCUUGAUGCCAGCGCUGAUGGCUAUGUCAAGGCCAAUGCUACCUAUAUUGUCUAUUUGAAGCGGCUAGACGAUGCAAUCCGUGACAAUGACUCCAUCCGAGCUGUUAUCCGGGGCGCAGCGGGUCGCACCAACCCGAGCUCAGAAGCUCACGCAGCUGUAACCAAAAUGACUGACAAGGAUACCGGCAUCACUAACUUCCGAACUACGCGAUAUAUUAAGUGUUAUAGAACUAGUACACUUACCAAAAGCCCCAUCAAGGCCCAGGGUGUUGCUUUGGUAUCCGCACCUGGUCGCCCGACUAGCCAAGAGUUGAUGAUCAGGUCAAUAAAGAGCAACAUCGGUCAUUCUGGGGCCGCUGCCGGUAUUUCAGGUCUGAUAAAGGCCACUAUGGCUGUUGAGCGUGGCCAAAUUUCAGGCAACCUGAAUUUCAUCAAGCCGAACCCCAGGAUUGAUUGA